AUUUUCAGAAAAAUGGCUGAGGCAGUGGCAAAUGUGGCCCGAAGGAUCAAUGCAACAGUGGAAGAGGGGAGAGAUAAUUUAGACCUAUCAAACUGCAAGCUGAUUAGCUUCCCCGAUGGUGUAUUCAAGGUCCUGAGAAGUGUUACAGAAGACAUCCAAGUUAUCACAUUGGCUGACAAUGAGAUGAAGGUUGUGUCCAGCAAAUUCUUUGAGACUUUCACGCAGCUGAGAGAAUUGGACAUGCAAGGCAAUGUACUCACCAAACUGCCUGACGCUGUGGGAGAAAUGAGGCAUCUGACCAGCAUCAAUUUGGCUAAUAACAAGUUCUCCAUCUUCCCCGAGAAGCUUACUGAAAUACCCACACUUGAGAAGAUUAACCUGGAGGGAAAUAGCAUAACUGAAAUUCCCAUGAUGAAGUUGCAAGCCAUGCCAGCGCUAAAGUGGAUAAAUUUGAAGUCAAAUCCAUUGGACAGAGACAUUCAGACUGCUGCACAAUCCCAGCAUAAAUUUGAGAUUUUGUCUACAACUACUGCACAAUAAAAUCCUGCACUUGACAUUUUCCAACUUAAGAGACUUGAUAGCAUGCUGUGUGCUGUUCACACCAUUUCAGAGGGGUAAAGCCUUGUGCCCUCAGAUGGAAAUAUGUAUUCGCACUGCUGUACAAGAACAAAGAAACCAUAGGUGCUAAAAAACAAAACAAAAGGGCAACCUCUUUGAUGGAGUCCUCAAGCAAGCAUGACAUAGCUAGUGUUUGCUUUAUCAUGUCCUCUCUGGUAAGAGAGAAAGCUGAAUCUAAGUCACUAUGCCCUGUUGGACGGUUAUGAUAAUAUUUAGUUUCAUAAUUACUGCAGACUAUUAUCUGCAUGUUGGUCAAUUUAUCACACUUUUCUAUUUCAGUUAAGGUCAUUAAGAUCACAUUUUUGGAUUAAGUGAUGCUGCUAACAUUUCUAAGCCCACUGAUAUAAUGUGGUACUGGCCUCCCCAUCCCAGUGCAUCUAAGUUUACACAAAAAUACCUUAUGUCUGUGACGGUAUAAGGGACUCUGCUGGUUUGGGGCUCACCGAGGGUAGAAAUCCUACCCCCACCCUUACCCCUAACCCCCACCCGUCACCCCACACUCAACCAUACUAACCAAAGCCCCCUUUUUGUAUUUAUGACUUUUGAUAGUAUUAAAGCAAACUUCUUCAUAUAAAGAUUUUGCACUUGCAAAUGCACAGAUUUUUGUCCUUUUUCCCUCUUGGUUCUUAUUAAGACAGAGGCUGUGAUGGUUGAAUUUUCCCUGCAUCCACCAGAGUGCUUUUUUUCUUACACCAGCACUGCAAAUUGUAAUGUUUUGUAACAUUAAAGAUGAA